ACACUGGGCCAGAGAACGUUGUGUUAUUGCAUUUCGCUUUUGUUAUCGUUCUGCGGCGGCGACGUUGAAGAAUUCCUAGCCGAUUCUUCUUCAUCCUGUGUAAAUAAUUGUAAUUUAAAUAAUAUAAAUUAAAUACGGAAGCACACUAUCAAAAAAAAAAAUCCGAAGGCGCAUCGCGAAUGCAGUCUGCUUUUUUAAGUGCAUGUUUUGUGUAUAUUUUCAUCAUUAAAACGACGUGUAAAUUAAAAUCAUCUUAAUUAUAAUUAAUAAACAAUCGCAUUAAACUAAAACGGAAAUUCCAAAAUUCUCAAAAUUAAAUCUGUGUAAAAAAUUCAAGUUUUUAACCAAUUCUUAUACGUAAUUAAAAUAAUAAUCAAGUUCAGUUCUCUGUUAAGUCAACCAAAAAGAAAAGAAAAAAGAACUUAAAACGACUGUGCAACUGUGUAUAAUAUUAUUCAUAAUAUUUUGUGUAAAUUUAUGUAAAAAAAAAAGUAAUAAAUUACAAAAAAAAAGCAAGAAAGAAAAUAGCAACAACAACAACCAAAAGCAAAACCGAUCGAUUCAAUUAUUUAAUUUUUUUUGGAGCAGAAUGCAAAAAAAAAGUGUGUAUGAAAGUUACCAGCAAGUCCUGUAAAUUAAUGUUAAUAUAUUAAGUAAAAAGUGUGGUUUCUCUUUAACUGAAAAACACACACACACACACACGGGUGUAUAUUUUGGGAAGAGAAGUUGUGGAAACAAACCCCAAUUUUUGUGUGAAAAUAAGUACCCGUGACGUCGUAAAGUUAUUGAUGUUAUGUGUUGAAAAAAAAAAAAGAAAAACAAUCAACUAAAAUUAAAUCUGAAUCUGAAUUUGAAUCUUAAUCUUGAAAGUUGGCAAUACGCGCAAAACUAAUCAGCUGCGAUAGCUAGGAAAGCCUUCAAAAUUGAGCUCCUAACCGCGCCCACAAUUGCGAUAUCGACGCCGUCGCCGCAGCAUCAUCACCAGCAGCAGCAGCAACAGCAGCAGCAACAGCAGCAGCAGCAGCCUAUUUAUCAGCAACAUCAGAUCCAGCAGCAGCACCAACAUUACGGUCCUCCACCGCCCUACUUCCAGCAACUUCAUCAGCAACACCAACAACAACAACAGCAACAACAACAGCAGCAGCAGCAACAACAACAACACAUGAAGUUUUUGGGCGGAAACGAUGAUCGCAAUGGACGCGGUGGCGUCGGCGUGGGUUCGGAUGCCAUUGUGGUAGGAUCGAGGGGUGGUGGCGUAGGAUCUCAGGAUGCCGCCGAUGCAGCAGGAGCAGCUGCUGCCGCCGCCGUAGGCUAUGUCUUCCAGCAGCGCCCAUCUCCGGGAGGAGUGGGUGUGGGUGUGGGUGGUGUACCGGGUGUUGGAGCAGUUGGAUCCAAUUUGCAUGAUGCAGCUGCCGCCGAAUUUGCGGCACACUUCGCCCAGAAGCAACAGCAAACGCGUUGGGCGUGCGGCGAUGAUGGCCAUGGCAUUGAUAACCCCGACAAAUGGAAGUAUAAUCCUCCAAUGAAUCCGGUUAACGCCGCUCCUGGUGGCCCGCCCGGCAAUGGCAGUAAUGGUGGCCCUGGAGCCAUUGGCACCAUCGGCAUGGGCAGUGGACUGGGCAGCAUGGGUGGCAAUGGUGGAGGAGGAGCUGGAGGUAACAACGGUGGAUCUGGGACGAAUGGAGGCCUGCACCAUCCCUCGAUGGCGGCAGCAGCCGCUAAUAUGGCAGCCAUGCAGCAGGCAGCUGCGGUGGCCAAACACAAUCACAUGAUGUCACAGGCAGCAGCUGCAGUGGCAGCCCAGCAGCAGCAGCAUCAACAGCACCAGCAACAGCCGCCCCACCCCCAACAGCAGCAGCAGCAGCAGGCCCAGAACCAGGGGCAUCCCCAUCACUUGAUGGGCGGCGGAAACGGUAUGGGAAAUGGCAACGGAUUGGGCAUCCAACACCAGCAGCAGCAGCAGCAACAACAACAACAGCAGCAACAACAACAUCCCGGCCAAUACAACUCGAACUUGCUGAGCCACGCUGCCGCCCUGGGUCACAUGUCAUCCUACACCCAGUCGGGGGGCAGUAUGUACGAUCAUCAUGGCGGAGCCAUGCAUCCGGGCAUGAAUGGGGGGAUGCCGAAGCCACCGCUGGGACCGCCGGGCGCCGGUGGACCGCAGGACUAUGUCUACAUGGGCGGCCAGACGACGGUGCCCAUGGGAGCGGCGAUGAUGCCGCCCCAGAAUCAAUACAUGAACAGCUCCGUGGUGGCGGCUGCCAAUCGGAAUGCAGCGAUCACAACAUCCACCGCCAAGAAGCUAUGGGAGAAAUCCGACGGCAAGGGCGUGACCUCGAGCACUCCUGGUGGACCCUUGAAUCCCCUACAGAUCCCAGGCAUCGGCGAUCCCUCAUCGGUGUGGAAGGAUCAUACAUGGUCCACCCAGGGCGAGAAUAUCCUGGCACCGCCACCAUCCCGGGUAUACGCCGCCCAUGGUGGUGCCUCCGAUACCUCAAACAGCGGCAAUACGGGCAUUCUUAGUCCCAGGGACUCAACUUGCGCUAAAAUGGUGGAAUAUGUCCUGAGCGGAUCGCCGACCAACAAGGAGAGCCCCCUUUCCGGUUUGGAGCCGCGUUUGCGAAAUCUUAAGUUUGAUGACAACGAUAAGUCACACGAUGAUAAGGAAAAGGCAAACUCUCCGUUUGACACAAACGGCUUGAAGAAGGACGAUCAGGUCUCAAAUACAAAUGGUGUUGUCAAUGGCAUUGACGAUGACAAGGGUUUCAAUCGUACACCCGGUUCUCGUCAGCCGUCACCUGCAGAGGAAACCUUGCCACGCCCCCCAAAUCUACUGUUCCCCGCUCUGCCGCCCUUCAACCACAUGCUCAUGGACCACGGCCAGGGCAUGGGCGGCGGUUUGGGCGGUGUCGUCGGAUCCGGCAACGGAGUGGGAGGCGGUGGUGGUGGUGCUGGUGCAGGCAGCGCCUAUGCCGCCCACCAACAAAUGGCCGCCCAGAUGAGUCAGUUGCAGCCACCGAUGAUGAAUGGCGUUGGCGGUGGAAUGCCGAUGGCAGCUCAGUCACCCAUGUUGAAUCACCAGGCAGCUGGACCCAAUCAUAUGGAAUCUCCCGGAAAUCUUCUACAGCAACAGAAUUUUGAUGUUCAGGUAGGUGACAAUGUAAGAGACGAUGUGCUAUCACUUGCUUUUAAUCAAAACCAAGUAAGUUUUUCCGAAACCAUAACCCCUGACACUCUCAUAGAAAAUGUUCAACUUUUCCGAUCCCAGAAUCCGGGCCUUGCAGCAGUCGCCACAAAUGCAGCGGCCGCCGCAGCAGCCGCAGCAGCUGCCACCUCGGCGGCAAGUGCGGCCGCGGCAGUGGGCGCCCCACCAGUACCGGGUGCCCAAAACGGCACACUGCAACAGUCGCAGCAACAGCAGCAGCAGCAACAACAACAGAUGCAAAUGGCCGCCGCCUCCCAGCAGUUUCUGGCCGCCCAGCAGGCGCAGCAGAACGCGGCCUACGCCGCCCAACAGGCCACGCCCUACGUCAUCAAUCCGGGCCAGGAGGCCGCUCCGUACAUGGGCAUGAUUGCCGCCGCCCAGAUGCCCCAAUACUACGGUGUCGCCCCAUGGGGCAUGUAUCCGGGCAAUCUGAUUCCGCAGCAGGGCACGCAGCCGCGUCGUCCCCUCACCCCCUCGCAGCAGGGGGCUGAGAAUCAGCCCUACCAGGUCAUCCCGGCCUUUCUCGAUCACACUGGCUCCUUGCUGAUGGGAGGACCUCGCACCGGCACGCCCAUGCGCCUGGUGAGCCCCGCCCCCGUUUUAGUGCCCCCGGGCGCCGCACGCGCCGGUCCCCCGCCCCCGCAGGCUCCCCAGCUGUACCAGCCGCAGCCCCAGACGGCCCAACAGAAUCUCUACUCGCAACAAAACGGCUCCAGUGUCGGAGGACUGACCCUGAACACAAACUCGCUGACAGGUCGCCGCGACUCCUUCGACCGCAGCACCUCGGCCUUCAGCCCAUCCGCCAUGGACUACACCAGCAGCGGGGUGGCAGCCGCCAGUGCCGUCAACAGCACCGUGGCCCAAGCAGCAGCCGCAGCCGCAGCAGCUGCAGCCGCCGCCGCACGUGGCAAGUGGCCGGGAGCAGCGAGCAGUGCCUACGGAGCACUUGGAGCAGCUACGGCCAAUACCUCGGCCAGUCCCCUGGGCGCCCCACUGACUCCUCCGCCAUCGGCACAGUCCUGCCUUUUGGGCAGUCGAGCUCCGGGCGCCGAGUCCCGUCAACGGCAACAGCAGCAACAACAACAGCAGCAACUCGCCGCCGUAGGUCUGCCGGCAACAGCAGCAGCUGCCCAGGCAGCCGUGGCCGCCGCCGCCAAUAAUAUGUUCGGCUCGAAUAGCUCACUAUUUUCGAAUCACCUGGCCAUCCCGGGAACUGCAGCAGUGGCUGCAGCAGCGGCAGCAGCAGCCGCCGCGAAUUCGCGUCAAGUGGCCGCCACAGCGGCAGCAGCAGCAGCGGUGGCAGCUGCCGGAGGUGUGGGCGGGGCCCCCCCGGCCGGCAGAUCCCGACUCCUCGAGGAUUUCCGCAACCAGCGCUACCCAAAUCUUCAGCUGCGCGAUCUCGUUAACCAUAUUGUGGAAUUCUCGCAGGAUCAGCACGGCUCACGUUUCAUCCAACAGAAGUUGGAGCGAGCCACGGCUGCCGAGAAGCAGAUGGUCUUCAGCGAAAUCCUCGGAGCUGCUUACAGUCUGAUGACCGACGUGUUCGGCAACUAUGUGAUCCAGAAGUUCUUUGAAUUCGGAACCCCCGAGCAGAAGAACACACUGGGCAUGCAGGUCAAGGGUCAUGUGCUUCAGCUGGCACUUCAGAUGUACGGCUGCCGGGUGAUCCAGAAGGCCCUGGAGAGCAUCUCGCCGGAGCAGCAACAGGAGAUCGUGCAUGAGCUGGAUGGGCAUGUGCUGAAGUGCGUCAAGGAUCAGAAUGGCAACCAUGUGGUGCAAAAGUGCAUUGAAUGCGUGGAUCCGGUGGCCCUGCAGUUCAUCAUCAAUGCUUUCAAGGGACAGGUGUACUCGCUGAGCACCCAUCCUUAUGGAUGCCGGGUUAUCCAGCGCAUCCUGGAGCACUGCACCGCCGAGCAGACCACACCCAUACUGGAUGAGCUACACGAGCACACCGAGCAGUUGAUCCAGGACCAAUACGGAAACUAUGUAAUUCAGCAUGUGCUGGAACACGGAAAGCAGGAGGACAAGUCUAUUCUGAUCAACAGUGUACGCGGCAAGGUCCUGGUGCUGUCCCAGCACAAGUUCGCCUCCAAUGUGGUGGAGAAGUGCGUGACCCACGCCACUCGCGGAGAGCGUACAGGACUCAUCGACGAGGUUUGCACCUUCAACGACAACGCCUUGCACGUAAUGAUGAAGGACCAGUAUGCCAACUAUGUGGUCCAGAAAAUGAUCGAUGUAUCGGAGCCUACACAGCUGAAGAAGCUGAUGACCAAGAUCCGGCCCCACAUGGCCGCCUUGCGCAAGUACACCUACGGCAAGCACAUUAACGCCAAACUGGAGAAGUACUACAUGAAGAUCACCAAUCCCAUUGCGGUGGGCGGCGCCGCAGGAGGAUCCGCCGCCGGAGCGGGAGGAGCUGCAGCGGCAGUGCCACCAUCCUCGUCAGCAGUAGCAGUCAGCAGUGCUGGCGCUCUUGUGGCAACAGCGAUCGCCUCCACCAGUGGCUCCAACAGCAAUACCAGCAUCAGCUGCACCACCACCAACACAACCACAAGCAGCACCACCAACAGCUUGGGCUCACCCUCCAUCUGCUCGGUGCAGGAGAACGGAAACGGCAUGAUUGUGGAGCCCUCCUCCCCAUCCGCCUCGGAGUCCUCAUCCUCGGUGGUUUCGGCAGCGGUGAACAGUGGCUUGGGUCCCAUCGGGCCGCCCACCACCGCCAAUGGGGUGCUGUAAGAAUAUCAAAGAGAAAUUAUUAAUUAAAUUUAGCCAUCGGAAAGAAUACUUCUCGAAUCGCAAACUAGUUUUCAGAAGCUGGAAAGCUGAAGCAUAAACAAAACAAAAAAUACACGUAAUUGUAAACUAAUUUAUUGAAGAAGCAGCGAUUACCGAAGCUGCUGACAAGAACUCUGCCAAGCUAAAGAAACAAAAUAAUACUUGAUCACACUCACCCAUGAAUGGAGAUUUCAAGAAAUUUGUACAAUGCGCUCGCAUGAAUAAUUUGUAAAAACAAAAACAGAAAUACUAAAAAGAAACCGAAAGCGGCACCGAACGCUCUCAAAAAUGCAAGCAUGAAUGUAAAUUAAAAUGUCGAAAAAUACACACAAUUUGGUCUGCGUAAAUUUUCGUUGUAAUUUGUAUAAAUUAUUAAUUAUUUAGCAAGCCUAUCUGUAAAUGAAUAAUGUUUGGACUGUAAGAUAAGAGGACAACUGAAGAGCCACGGGGCUGAGCUGAACAGAGAAGAGAAAAGCUAAGAAUGGCGGGCAGAAUGAAAAUGCCUAAAAAUUUAUAAGUGCAGACAGAUGAACCAUUUCAAAAUGAAUAUAUACUUAUAUACGAAGGAUAGUUGCAGCAGCAGAAACCACACCUAGUGUAGAAUGUAGAAUAAACUGUUUAUGGAGCCAGCAGCUACCAAAACAUAAGAAAAUUUAAAAAAAAAUAAUAAUAAUUUAAAAGAAAAAAGAGAAGACACACAACCUCCUUUAAACACACAUACAAACACUUGAAUGCAUUCAACACCCACACAAUGAACGACUCUUCAGCCCAUUCACAAUGCUUUCGCACUAUGUAAAAUUUUGUAAAAUAAAAAACCAAACUCAAACCAUGUAAACCAUGUAAUUUUAAAAUUGUUCACUUGUAAAAUUUAUAACAUAUUUAUACAUUUGUAAAUUGUUUGUUUUAAGUCGCCAAGUAACUCAUAUAUAUUCUAUUCUAACUGCACUCAUGUAUUUAUAAUUUUAUAAACAUAAACUGACGGCCAGUUCAUCGACGAUCUAUCGGGAAGUUAGUGCUCGGGGCGCCAGUCAAUCAACUUUUGUUAGAAAUGUAAGCCUGAAUCAGUUUAGCGGGCAGUUCUUUUCUUUAUUCUAUUUUUUUGCCAACUCCAACAAUUGUACAACUGUAGUAUCGAAAAAAGAUUGUAAUUAAAAGCAAAAACCAGCUUCUAAAAAAUGAUAAACAACUACCUUUGUUAAAUUAUAACGCAAUUAUGAUUCAUGCGCCAAAGAACUACUUAUUUUAUGUCAAAAAUACUUUGUUAAAAAUCGCGAAAAGUGACUGCCCCAUAUGUAUAACAAAUUCGAUUUCAUUUUUUUAUGCAUGAUGAUGAUUUCUCAAUAUUUUUUUUAUAGCAUCGAGUAAAAUGAAUAAACCACGUACAUAAAUACCCAAUUCAAAAUUCUUUGUACUUUUUCCAAAAAAUUUAUCGGCAAUAUACCUUUACGUUUGUCAGUCAUUGCUAGCCCACCUUACUGUAUGAUAAUGUAUGUAUAAAUAUGAUUUAAAUCGAUUUUCUGCUUUCCGAAACUGAACGCUAAGAGAGAGAAACUGAACUUGGAGAAUUGAAUCUUUGUUAUUUAGAAGGCGCUUAUUGCUCCUGCGAAGCUUGAAAUGCAUUCGCUGUGCAUCAAACUGUUAAGAUAACCCAUUCUCCUUCACAUAAGUGUAAAAAAAUGUUUUAAACACGCCAUCGAAAACACUUGUAAAAUACAAACAAAAUUGUAUAUGUUGUAAAGUACAUUUUUUGAUAUACAUUUAGACUAUUUCGCGACGCCUUAUUCCAAAUACAAAAAAAAUAUUGAAAUAUUGAAAAUACUGAAAACGAGAGGUGGUAAGAAAAAACGAAUUUAGACUUUUUUGUCGGUUUCGUCGAAACACACAAAAAUCCAAAUCCAAAUCCAAACAAACAAUGUAAAACCAUUUUUGGAGAUCAAUGUAAAGUGUAUUAUGCAUAUUAUUGUACACACAAUUUCGUUGUCGUGUCGUUGUUGUUGUCGUGUUUUGUAUAUAAAGCAAGCAAAGGAUACCAGUCACUGAACAUUUGUAAUUUUCUGUAAAUUUUCCUCCCCCACCCAAAUCACCUACAUUAUCCUUUUAACCAUUAUCCCCGCCACAGUAUCCGGUCUCUGUACAAGUGAGCAUUUCAAGCGGUAUUAUUUGUUUGGUAUUUUUAGUUAUUAACUUGUCAACUGCCUGUCUUUAGAGCGCAAUGCACUGAUAAUUUUAAUUUAAUUAAACCAUAGUUGAACACUGUAUUUAAGAUUCUCGAGAUCGUUUCGGAGUGAACAAUGCAAGUAGAGAUGCUUUCUGUAGACUAAACAAUGCUACACCCACGCUCACACAAAACCAUAAUAUACACACAAAAAAAAAACAUAAAAACAUUUAAAAAAAAAACACACACAGACACAUCGAGCUGCUUAGCUGUAGUUGUAGUUUAAGCCAGCGAUCCCUAUAAAUAUUUUAACUUAUAUACACACUUAUAGGAGAUACAUAUGAUUGUACUACACUUAGUUUUGAACUUGACGUGAGGUAACGUUUUUAAUAUGUAUAUGUAAAAUACAUGUGUAGAGUAGCGGAUGUGCCGUGGCACAGUGAAAUUUACACGUAAGCUGGCGUAUUCUACACGCGCCCAGUUUUUACAGUAACAAUUUUUUGCACGCAUGUGAAACACUUGAAGCAACCAAGUCGAAAUAUAAGGAAUAAAUUGAAUCCCAGUUUAAAAUAAAACUUAUAUAAAAAGCAACCUUUAAACAGACGCAAUUGUAAACAAUGUAACUUAAAUUAUACGAACUCCAUGUGUAAACUUGUAACGUAAAGCCAAGCGAAACGUAGCAAAAUGGGCAAGCAUUUUUUGUUGCCUUGCGACCCCCUGCGAAGUCGGGCAUUUAAAUUGGAAGAAAUCGAUUCAAUAUGAAACACCCCGACAGCGAAUUAUUUGAUUUUAUUCGCUAAGUAAAUUUGUAUAAACAAAAGGAAAACAAUUAAAUAAAAUAAAACCCCUUAUUCAAGAGGGCAAGAAGAUAACCCUAUAUUGAAGUAAAUAUAUACAUAUAUUAUGCAUACCGCAAACAAGAAAAACAAAAAAGAAAUUUGUAAAAUUUUUCGAAAGCAGAACCUUGUAAACUAAGCUAAGGACAUAGCUAAAAACCAUACACUAAAUAAACAUUUGUAAUUUGUUGUAAAAAGGACGAACAAAGGAUGUGGGGAAAUUUGAAAGGAAAAGGCAAGUGCUAGAGCAGACGUCAAGUAAAACUAUGAAAUAUAUAUAAAUAUACAUUAAAGCAUAUACAUACAUAUAAAUAUAAAUAUAAACAGUAAAUAAUUAAUUACGGAAAUAUUUUGUAGUUACAAACACUUGAACACAUUAAAAAUUGAAGUAUACAACCUAGCGAACCCAAACACUUGGUUUUGUAAACGGCGAGCAAUUGGCACAAGUUAUAUAACGAAAAUUUGGUCAGCAUUCGAGCAUUUGAUUUAACUAUGCAUUAGACUCUUAUGUUUAUUAUUAUUAUACGGAAUAUGAUUAAUGCUAAUUUCUUUGUGAAAAAAAUAAAACAAGUUUAUUAUGUAGCAAAAA